AUUAAAUUUAUAUACCACUUUUCUGAAGCUCAGAUAGGCUUCAGGCGUCCCGCCUGUCAAUAUGUUUUGUUUACUCCCUAAGUAAGUGCGCAUAAGCCUGAAGCCCGAGGUGAGAGAUGUCCGCAAGUGGAACUUACUUCCGAGCCAAGAUGCUCUGCAUGAAUUUCAGCUGUGCAACUGCAAACCUGCCUGUUGCAAAAAAAAAAAAAAAAUUGCGCGCAGGAAAGAGAGCGCCACCAUUUGCUGGCAUGUGUGUGAUGUGCUGGGGCCGCGGGCGGACUGGCUCAGGGCCUCCUCCGGGACUGCGAUCGCUUUCUCCCUCCGCCGUUCCUUCCUGUCCUCUUCUGCGUUUGAUGUUAGCGAGCGGCCAGCUGCUGUUCUCCAUAAUAACAAACGGGGGGCCGAACUCAGCGUGGUUGUGCGUCACUCUGUUGCAACUUUGGGAGUGAAAAGACCGAGCGAGAGGGAGCAAGAGCUCCAUCAGCAGGAGGAAGUAAGAGGAAGCGGGUGAAAAGCUCGACAGCAGCUUUUCCUCCUCUUCCUCCGCCCCUUCUCCCCUCCCUCUCCACCCCCCCCCGCAACUUUUCCACCAUCCCAGCAAAAAGGAAGAGGAGGGAGGUAGAGCCGUAGAUCUCUCCCUUCUGGAGCCAUGGAGCUGCUGUGCUGCGAGGGGGCCGCCGUCGCCGUCACCACGAGGCGUGCUGCGCCCGACCCAAACUUACUGCGCGAGGAGCGCGUUUUGCGCAACUUACUGAGGAUCGAGGAGCGCUACCUGCCUCGCUGCUCCUACUUCAAGUGUGUGCAGAGGGACAUCCAGCCCUUCAUGCGGAGAAUCGUGGCCACCUGGAUGCUGGAGGUCUGUGAAGAGCAGAAAUGUGAGGAAGAAGUGUUUCCCUUGGCUAUGAAUUAUUUGGACAGAUUUUUAGCUGUGGUGCCCACCAGAAAGUGCCAUUUGCAGCUUUUAGGGGCAGUCUGCAUGUUCCUAGCUUCCAAACUGAAAGAGACAAUCCCCCUCACAGCAGAGAAGCUUUGCAUAUACACAGACAAUUCCAUCAGGCCUCAAGAACUGCUGGAAUGGGAGCUGGUGGUGUUGGGGAAGUUGAAGUGGAACCUUGCUGCAAUCACUCCCCACGACUUUAUUGAACACAUCCUAAGGAAACUGCCCCUCUCCCAAGACAAACUGCUCUUGAUCCGGAAGCAUGCACAAACCUUUAUUGCCCUCUGUGCCACAGAUUUUAACUUUGCCAUGUAUCCGCCAUCAAUGAUAGCAACAGGGAGUGUGGGAGCAGCUAUCUGUGGCCUUCAGUUUGACGAGGGAGAAAGUCCUCUCUCUGGUGACAUCCUAACAGAACUCCUGGCCAAGAUCACAAACACAGAUGUGGACUGUCUGAAGGCGUGUCAGGAACAGAUUGAGUCGGUUCUAGUAAGCAACCUUCAGGAAGUUCGGCGGCAGCAGCAGCAAGGCAAUCCUUCAAAGACAGUGGAUGAACUGGAUCAGUCCAGCACUCCCACAGAUGUGAGGGACAUCAACCUGUGAAGACAUCCCCACAUCUCUUCCAGCCUUACUUUUAGUGUUAAACCCUCUUUAUCAUUUCCCAGAUAGAAUGUAUUUGAAACUCCUUUUUGGAUUUAAAAACAAAACACCAAAAGCACAAUUCGCCAGAAGUCCCCUGUACAAGCCCCACAGAAAGGAUGGUUGUAGCUCUUGUGUCGCUCCCAUUCAUUUCAGUGGGGCUUGGCAGGGGAAGUACUUGGUAGAUUGCGCCCCCUCCCAAUGAUUAUGAAUGAUAUAUAAAAGCAUUUAGUGCCUGUGAUAUACAACAGAAGGGAAUCCCACAAAACUAUAUUUUAUAACUGCUAUUUCAAGUAUAUAUCAAUGAUGUGAGAUGCUUAUAAAAGCAUUAAAAAUAGCUAGCUAGCUAGAAGCCUGCAAUUUGUGGGAACAAAGUAGAAAGUACUUGUUUUUGAUAUGUGUGUUAUGAUCUAGUGCAUACACUCCUUUUUUAGACCUAAGAAAGGAAUUGAGUGUGCAGGUUUUGUUUUGGUUGUUGUUGUUUUUUGUUUGUUUGUUUAAUGGCUUACCUAGAUUGCAAAGCAAUAGGGGAAUGGGGACAGGGGCAAGGUUAAAAGUAAAUUGGGGAAAGACACCUGAAGCGUCCGAACUGCUUUGGGUGCAGGAGAGAUUCAAGGUGCAAUCCCAUCUGGGCUCUUGUGCUGCUCCUGUUCAUUUUGAUAAAGCGUUCAGGAUUGCUCUCUGACUUGCCUGCCACCUCUGUUGCUAGUUGAACAUAUUUGUUGGAUCUGUUGUCAGUUUGCUUCCUUUUGCUCUCUGUGGUAGCUGCUACCUAAGAAAAAGAUGCUUUAUUUUUGCCAGCCAGAUGGACAGGAUUUUGCUAAUUUAUUUUCCAUCCCACCUAAACAUACCUAAACCUUUUCCUCUGAAAAACACACUUGCCUUUUCAUAUACAGUAAUGUACCUGGCAGAAGUGCAAUCCUGCUUAUUCAACUGUGGGCCACUCCAAAGCAAUCGGCAGAAAAAGCUGCAAUCCAGAGAGGAGCUGUCCUGCAAAAGUAGUGUUUCUGCUCCACUCCAAUUUGUAACAAGGCUUGUUAGGGGAACUCCCUACUGGAUUGUGGAUAUAGACAACCAUUUUACCACAGAUUCUACCAUGCAUUGACAGUUGAUGAGUGGAAAAUGGUCCUUUCUGCUUUGUAGGAGAAUGACCAAGCUACCCUGAGAUGAGGAUCUUCAUCCCAGGAUUGUUUCCUAUUCUAAAAGUCGACAUUGUAUGAGGGAAGAAAAAUAUUCCAGUUUAAGAUGACUAGUCAACCAAUCAGCACCCCCUUCUAUUCCAAGGCCCUGUUCCAGCUCUAGUGGUGGUCCAUGGGUCGUGUGUAACUACAAGUGAUAUAUCAAAAGAUGUCUGUCGAUCUUGGAUGAGCAUGCAGAGUCUUAUUGGCCACAUAUGUGGAAACUGAUUCUGCAUACAUAUCUCCCCUGCUAAAUCGGAGCACAAGGUUUUAACAGGUCGUUUGUGAAAGGUAGGGCUGUCACUAGUUAAAAUCCUAGAAGGUUAAUCAUAUGACUUUUAAUUGAUUAAACAUGUAAAUUAGCAUACAAAUAGAACAUUUUAAAUUUUCCUCUGUAGACAUGUAUGUAUUAUAGCUAGCAUCACCUUAAGAGGCAUUAUCCCUCUGUGAGAAAGAAGAAUGCCUCUUCUAAGAUUAUAGCUGCCGUCUGCAGUAUUUUUAAUAUAAGUACUUACAUUAAACAUUGUUUAAAGCUGCAUCACCUAAUUAGGGGCAAAUUUUUAAUCAAACAGUUUUUAAUCAGUUAAUCUAAUCAAUCAAUUGACUAAGCGCUGAAGCCCUAGUAAAAGCACCAUGAUUUAUUCAUUGUUUUGAUAGUGUGCCUCAGCAUUAGCUCAACUUGCAAAUACCGUAUUUUGCGGCAGGAACACCACAUUGAAGAAAAAAGGCCAAUUUUUUUUAAAAAAAACAACCAUCAGAAAUGCUGCAUCACCAGAAACGCCGCAACUAAGCCAAGUACAUCAAGUACAGUGAAUAUAGCCAUUCACACUCACCUUGUCUGGGGCGCAGCUUCUAAAAGCGUGCCACGAAGACGUGCCCCAAGAACACAUGUGUAACCUGGACUUGCCGCACCGUAGGCCCAGCCUGGCCACCCCCACCCUUUGGGGGAAAGAUAAAGGGGCCCAAAUGCCCCCACGCAGAGCAAACAGCCAACAUGGCCAUUGGUCUCUCUUCCAUUGGCCAUGGGAGACAAAAAAGGGGGUGAGCAAGCAAACCCAGGACCAGGAAGACCCAGCUGUGCUGUUACCGCUCCUCCUCCAGCACCUCCAUUGCUUCCAGGCUCCGUAGAAGCCUCUCAUCGGAGCCUCAUGGAGGCUCUCAUCAGUCGGAGGGCCCUGCUGCCGCCACACCUCUUUCCAUCACCCCUACAUUUGCAUGUAAGCCCCGCAUCAGUGUAAGUGCCGCAGGUGGCGAAAAUCAACUUUCAAACAUAUAUGCACUGUGGCGUUUCUGCUGAAAAAUACGGUACAUUUAGAAAAUUUACUAGCCUACCAAUCCAUAUAAUCUUUUAGUCAUUUGUAGUCCUAGGAUGAAGGACAGUAAACAACUGUAAAUAAAUAAAUAAAUAGUCCUAAAAAUAGAGAGUGAGGAAGAAUCUACUUUUGUAAAUCUGACCUGCAGGUAAUCCUUACUUGCCACAGGUAGCCAAGUCAGCAAUUAACUGCCAGCUGGUAAACUGUGGCAACUUCUUAAUUUGAUAUGAUUGCGCACAAACUGCUCUCUGCCAGCUUCCUUUUUGAUAGAACUUACUGCCAUAUUGAAAGAAACUCCCCCGGCCCUCCCAUAUCUUCCUUGAGAGGAGACCCAUGUUAUCUGGUCCACAGUUAGCAUUAUUAUAAACCAUUUCAUUCGAAAAGCACUUUGAAAACUUGUUCCUAAGGGAUAAAAGAUGAAAUGGCUUAUGACGUGCUGAGCAAAGCAAACCACCACCAACAAAAAUAUAUGUAUAUAGCUUUUUCUCCCUUGGUAUCUGGUGUUCCGUGUUAGUUAUGGUGUUGCUGGAAUUUCCAACACCUGCUUUGGAUGACAUUCCCAUCACAACAUUCCGGAUGAAAGUCUUGACAAGACUAUGAAUUGUUUGAAGUCACAGCAGAAUCUUAAUACCACCUGCAAGCUUAUCUAUGGAUAAUGAAAGAAGAUGCUCAUGCAAAACACACAGGCGGCAAACAUCAAGGUGCGCAAGUUUUAUUCUUCUAUAAUUGUUUAUUAUUAUUAUUAUUAUUAUUAUUACAAGGGUGUAUUCAAUGUACUUGAAUUUUUAGUUUCAUGCUCCAUCUGUUCAAGAAAACAGCAUUUAUUUGGCAAAGAAGAUGAGAGAGAACAAAAGUGUCUCUGCACAAUUAUGUUGACAGUUUUCAAAUAUCCAGCGUGAAGCUACUGGAUGGAUUGUUAAUGGUUGCAUUUUUAAAGAUAAAAAAUUCAGCAAGAACACUUGAUAUGCUGAAGAAUCUUUAAUGAAUGGACUCUUGCCAUUUUUUUUUUGGCUAAACAAGGGUAGAAAGUGGAGUAAGAAUCUAAGGGGGGUUAUUUUGCGCUGCUAAAAAGCUACGAUUUAAUUCUUAUUCACAUUAACAGUACUUAGCUGUAUUGUUUCACUGAGUGUGCUGCUAUUUUAUAAACAUUUUUAUAAUAUAUUAUUUUACUGCUUAAAUUUCAAAUCCUGAAGUAGGUGGUUAAGUGGAGAUAUGAGUUUCUUUGAUUUACUGGAAAUGCCCUGUACAUUCGCCCCACACACCACCCCAGUAACGUGUUUAUUAUUAUUAUUAUUAUUAUUUUAUUAUUAUUAUUUUAAAAUUUCUGAUCACAUCCUGGUAUAUUUUACCUCAGGUUUACUGGACAACAAAAUGGUUCCCAUUUUCACAUUACCUCACAACUUUACAGUUUUCCGUUGGGAGUCUCACAAAUGGUCAAUGCAAAAGGCAGCUGGAGCUGGUAUUUUCAAAAGGCAAAGGCUUGUGGCUUCAGCUGCAGUGGGGAAUGCUUUCUUAGAUAUAAGGACAUUUGACUCCCUCGUGGAUUUUGGUAUCCUGUCAUAGUGGAAAAAAUGCAGUAAUACUGAGAAUCUGGAAGACAAGAGUUAUACUCCCAACAAAGCCCAAGAGUCUGCUCUAGAGUGAGUAGCUAGUUAAUUGCAGUUCUAGGGUACAGUUUCCCCAACAGUGUGCCUGCCUUCUUGAAAUGAAUAAAAUCUUGUGAGCAAAAUUCUUGGAACAUGCAUAAAGUUAUCCUUGCUCUAUGCUUAUCGAAUCAUUAAUACUUGUGAGGCCUCAUGGCAGGAAGACUUGCUGUGUAUCAAGCAUCUGACAGGAUACAGUACAUUUGUUUAUGGAACGAAUAUUGAAAGGCUUGUCCAAAAAAUAUAAGAGUUAGCAACACUGAGAUUAUGGCAUUAAAUGGCAGCCUGUUUAGUGCAAUGCCUAUUUCUCAAACGAUUCAACAACUACCUAGUUAAUUCAGACUGGAUCAGCAUGCAGGACGUUAGAUGUUCUUAAGCUUGCCAGCAGACUCCAAGGAGUUCUGUGGCAUGCACUUCUGUUCCAACUCUGCUAACCAUAAUUCAUGGAGCCAGCACAGCAUUCUUGAAGCUCUCCCCCUGCCCCCGCUUUUUUUUAAUUUAUGCAGACCCACAAUGCCACUUUUCAGCCUAUGGGAUUACCUCCAAUAGCAAGCCUUACUCCCAGUCCAAUGGGCAAAGGCAGGACCCUUAUUCAUCAAUACAUUUUGCAACUAUUGGCCCAGAUUUGAAGUCUUGGGAUAGUUUUCCAAGAGUGUGGCUUAUGAGAGCAAAGCCAGAAUUUAUUUUCUCAGUGAAUGGGUGCCAAAGUGGGGGCGGAAGUGAACAUAUGAAGUUGCCUUAUAUGAAGUCUGAGCAUUUCUUUGAGCCCAUAUUCAAAGUGGCUUAGCAGAAAGGUUAUACUGUUUGUGUUAUCUCUUUAAUGUGGAAGGGGGUCAUAUCUCACUUGUAGAGCACAUACAUUGCACAAAGAAAAUCACAAGUCAGUCUCUAAAAUCUUUUUUUUUUUUUUAAAUUAUUUCAGUCUUUGGAACCUUGGGUAGCAGAGCUGGAAAUCCUCUGCCCAAAAAUCCUUGUGAGCCACCACCCACUAAAGAUAAUAUUAGAUGGAUGAGUGGUCUGACAUUAUUAAGAAGUUUUGUAUGUUCAUUUGGUGCAUAUGCCUAGAACUGUGUUUCUACACCAAGAAAAAAAAUUUAUGCAAGUUGAGAAAUGUAUCUUGCUUUGUAUAGUUUUCAUUUUGCUAAACACAGGGAGAGACAAAGAGCUCUGCAGGGCAUUGAAGUCCCACCCUUCCUGGCCCACUGGGACACCUGAUUAAGCCACUUCUCUGGCUUCUGAGAUUUCAUCUUAUAGGCUGUAGGUAAUAUUAUCUACUUUGUUUACUCCCACUAGAGUUAGUCCCUUAAAUAGAGCAGGAUUGCAGUGGAUGGAAGUCAGCACAAGAUUAUUGUUUUAUAUGUAUCACUACCCUCACUUUGGACAGCAUUACUAUGCAAAUAACUGUAACUUGAAACUAUAUGAAGAGGUGUAGGUCAGCAGAAUGAGACAACGUUGCUAAAAAUGCUGGCGAAGCUCACUAAUCGCAGAUCCAAGUAUGAGGUUCAAGGUUCAUAAAUGUUUGCAGAGGUGAGCAUUGUGAAUCUCCCCAAAUGCCUCUGCAGCUCAGAUUAAAAUCUUCCCAGCUCCCCCGCCCCCAGCCAACCAGUCCCCAUCUCCCUGAAACAUUGCAUGUUCUCUUUUUAUCUUUUCCUGAGUGAGGAAUACAUCUAAGAUCAGAGGUGCACCUAGGUAAUUUUGGAGCCUGGACCUAAAGGCCUUUGGAGCCCCACCCCCCUGCAAAUUAAGCAUCAUUUUUUAACAUGUAGGUUCUUGAGGGCACAAACCACAUCACCCAGAGCAGACUAAAAAGGAUUUGGGGGGCCCCAGGGGGUGUGGAGGCCCUGGACCUUGGCCCCAAAGUCCAGGGGUAAGAGCGCCUCUGCAGAAAGUUUAUAAAAUGGAAAAGCAUGGACUUAAUUAUUUCUAGGUCAAGAGGCAUUGGAAUGCCCAUGCUGUGGUGGUGUGUCCAUAGCAGCAAGAAUUGCCACCUUCCAACUUCUCACCAGAUUUGUACCUUUCCAAACAGUUUAAUCAGACUUGCCUGAGGAGAGGCUACAUCAAGGACCUGGUCAAAACUAUAACUGAUCUCAGCCUUGCAAAAAAUGAUGGGCAUGUCAAUGUUCAGGGUUCUAAAAAUUAAUCAUUCACAUAGGUCUAUAUGGGACUGCCAGGUCCUCAUGCUAUUCAGCCAGAGCAGAAAGUAGGUGUGGUUGCCUCAUCAGGAUACUUCUGUACUGUGCAAUUCCCAUUCAUUUCAGUGGUCAUAGGGAUGCCCAGUUCAUGAUGGAUUGCAUUAGUUAAAAAUGGCAACCUUGAUGAUUGGCCUAACAAUGCAUAGGACUGCAGCCUUAACGAAAAUUAAAAGGUGUAUACCAUUCCCAUACACAUGGUUUUUUAAACCUUGCAAUUCUGGAACACAGGCUGCUUGAUUUGAUUGGAAAUUGUCGUGUGCCUAUAUUGCUCAGUUUAGGGAGAGAAUUUUGGCUUUUCUUGUUAUAUGAAAACACCAAAUACAAUCCAGCCACACUUAAGCAAUUUGAAGUCCCACUUGUUUCCGUAAAAGAUUGCCAAGCAUGUACUUACAAGUUCUCAGGUUUUGCUGGAUCAUUCCCACUGUCAUUGAAAGCAUAAAUGUUAACUUUUUCAGGUACAGUCAUCUGGGGGGGCGGUAUUACUGCAUGAAAAAAGAGAAUAAAUUCUGUGCCAAGAAAAGCUGCCAUGUGUGUGCUGUCUAAAUUUUGCAGGUUUGCAUAAUUUCUUACUUUUUGCUACCUUCUGAGAUGUCACCAUUUUCACCACACACUUCCAAAUAUAUCUUCUUGGCUAUAAUCUGCUCAGAUUCUCAGGAAGCUGAAAUCUGUGCCCAGUAUCCCAUUCUCUGCUUUUUCUGUGCUCCCAUGGAGUUGCAGUGUAUGCAGUAGAAACAGAUUUUGUGUUCUGUUUUGAGCUCAAAACAAAACACAAAAUGGAUGAAACCGCAGUUGAAACCUGGCUGUUUCGACGGAACAACUCAAAAUGUUUCCAGUGUUUCGGCCUUAGGGAACAAUGUAGAGCUCGAAACACCCCAUUGUUCCCCAUGGAUAGCUCCUAGGGACGCCAAAGUGGGUUGUGUGGUAGGGCAUGAUGGGAGCUACCUACUACCCAACCUACAAAAGAAAUGGGCAUGCAGGCAAAUUUUAAUAAAUCAUUAAACCUUUUCCCCAAAACCCCAUAGGAUCCUGGCAUGCAAGGGUUCUUGGGGGCAGUGGCUGGUCAUGGUGGAGAGCAGGUACCUGCUCCCUUUUUUAAAAGAUCCUGCUCGUCACUCCCCUCCCUGCAGCGCUGAACCUGUGUACGAACCUCGGUUCGAGCACAUCCAUACAUCACAGCAGUUGCCAAGGAAUAUUAUACAUACACAUGCACUCUGCCACUGUCUGUUUCUCACAAUAUCUCACAAACAAACCACAUCUCAAGGAAGGUUCAAGACAGGCACCCACGUUCUGCCUUUGUCAAUCUGAGAUCCAGCAAAACCAGAUAGUUAUAGCAGCAGUAGCACAGCAUAUUAUACUCAGUGCCGAGAUAAGAAAACCACAAGAUCAAACUACCUUUUCUCCUGUCCUGAUGUAUCCUCUUCUUCAAGAGAGGCAACAGUAUAAAGGCGCUCUCUCUGCCUCUCAGUCCCUUUGAAUACAUUUUGAAUUUGAAAUUCCCUCUUUUUGUGUUCCACCCUCCCCCCCAGCCAAUAGGGGCACAGUUGCCCAUGGCAACACUUGAUUUGUUUGAUAACAAGCCAACCAAGAAGCAAGGCAAUAGCAAGCCAAUCGGAAGCUAGUGCCAGAAAACCAAGCAACAAGGGGAAAACAGACCUCCAGAAUGGUGCUCGGAAUGUCAAAAUGUUUCAUUCAAAAUAGAGUUGUUCUGCUCCGAACUUGAAAUAGGCCCUUUUUUAUGUUUCAAGCUUGAAACUGUUCAUUUUGAGUUGAAAUAUUUUGCUGGCGAAACGUUCUGCGCAUCCCUAGUAUGUAUAGGCCUCAUUAUAAUCUACAGGCAUCCUUUCAAACCAUUUGAGCUACAAAGUAUGUUUUAGACUUCACUAGUGUUCAGAAUAAUGUGGGACAUUAUGGUUAAACAUAAUGGCACACAAUGCAAUGGGAACAUUUAAUGUGCAGUCCCCAUUUAAAUCAAUGAAGCUUGUGUAGGAGAACAUCCUGAUGUAUUAUGCCAUUGAUUCAGCACAGAUUCUUAUUUUAGUAACUGGACAAUGAAAUUCCUUGUAAAUAAUGUUGAUUGCUGCAUUUUUUCCACUAUGUUUAUUACCAUAUUACCAUUUACCUCAGAAAUCACUGACAGUUGCACAAUCUCUGUUCUCAACUUUCUUCUUCUUCUUUUUUGCUUUAACAAUGUGUGAUGCCAUAUCAGUUCAAUGUGAUUAUCUCACAAAUGUGCUCUCUUAAGGGGUAUGGAUAUUUUUAUAUGGUCAGGGUAUGCUAGAGGAUGUGGUAGACGACAUGAUCAGGUGUUUUUUUAAAAAAACAUAUUUAGGAAGUAUGUGAGGCUGCUUGGUAUUUGAUGGGAAAGAUUUUGACACAGUGUAGUCUUUUCUGAUUACCUUCCAAAAGGUCUUAGCUGUUAAGUGUUAUGUCACUUAUGUUGUUAAUCCCAUGUUUUGGCUAGGUACAAGAAGGUUUAUAUGCAAUGUGUUUUUGGAGGGAUUCGAUAUGUUGUAUGGACAUUAAACUCACCUUGACCUAA